AUGAGUUUUGGAACGGAAUUAAAGGAUCAAGUGUCUUCAGUAAACCAAUUUGUCCAAAGUGGGAUCCAUUUUUUAAACGAUUUUAGGGAUUUUAUUAAAGAGCGUGCUCAAAUAGAAAAGGAGUAUGCACAGAAAAUUGAAGCACUUGUCAAAAAAUAUUCAAGUAAAAAGGAUAAGAAAGCAUUGGCCAUGACGGUUGGCGACUUCCCAAAAGAGAACGAUACUGAAGUCGAUGUUGAAUCUAGUACUUUCUUAAAGGCAUGGUCAGUUAUUCUGGAAGAAACAGAUAAUAUUGCGAAAGAGCGAGCAAAAUUUUCAGAAACAUUAUCAACAAAUGUUAUGGAGAAAGUAAAGACAGUUGCGACAAGAAAGGAAGAAAUUAGAAAAAAGCAUAUGGAAUUUGCGCAGAAAUUAGUUACUGACAGAGAUAAAAUUUAUUCGGAAAGGAAAAAGGUUAAAACUCGUUAUGAUGAAUGUUGCGUAGAAGUUCAAAGUUCACAACAAAGACUUGAUCGAUCGACGGAUGAUAAAGUAUUGGAAAAACAAUUGCAAGAACUCAAUGAAAGUAGGAUAGUGGCCUUGAAAAGUAUUUGGGAUGAUUAUGUGAAUUUUGAGAUAUCUGUAUUAGAAGAAUCCAAGAAUCAUCUUGAUACAUCACUUCAAAUUAUUAAUGAUGUUGAUAGUCACAUCGAUUCAGAAUUGUUUAUAAAUAAUAAUAAGAGAAGUUGGGAAGAACCAGCGGAUUUUGUUUUCGAGUCUUCACCAAUAUAUAGUGAUACUGAAGAAUUGGUUGAUGAUGAAAACUCGCGAGUUUAUCUCAGUAAUAAACUUUCUAAGGCCAAGCGAAAUUUAACAAAACUAACUUCGGAGAUUGAAUCUAAGAGGAAAGAAAUUGAUGGGAUGGAGUCUCUAAAAGAAGCAUACGAAAAUAACCCGAGGCUUGGUGAUUCAGAUGCAGUCACUGAUAAUCUGCAUAGAACUAUUAGAGAAUAUACUAUCUUAGAGACAAACAGAGUUAAAUAUCAAACACAAGUUGAGUCUAUAGUAGAAGCUAUUGGAGAUAUUGGGCAUGACCAAGAAUCUCAUGAUUUCAAAAAUGCAUCAUUUACAAUCCCUACAACUUGUGAUUUGUGUCAAACUACGAUUUGGGGUAUCGCGAAACAAGGUUUCACUUGUAAAGAUUGUGGUUACAAUUGUCAUGCUAGAUGUGAAAUGAAAGUUCCACCUAUUUGUACAAAGGAAAAGGCAAUGUCUAAUUAUACGUUGAGUGGUGAAUCGGCCCCAUCUAUAUUUUCUGUGACAGAAAUAACAGAAAGAGAAGAUGUAUGGACAGCGGAAGUUUUAUAUGACCAUGUUGCCGAUACUAAAGCAGAGCUUACUGUAUCAACUGGUGACAUUAUCACUGUUUUUGAGCCAGAUGAUGGUUCUGGAUGGGUUAAGGCAUUUCAUAAUGGAAAAGAAGGAUUGGUUCCAGCAUCGUAUAUUGAAUAUCAGAAUUUAACAACUGAUUUUGUUAAAGUACUCUAUGAUUAUGAAUCACAAUCCCCUGAAGAAUUAACGAUAAAGGAAGGCGAUGUUAUUCAGGUUACUAAUAAAGAAGUUGCUGAAGGAUGGUGGGAAGAAAAGAAAAGUAUUAAGUAUUUAUUUAAUUCAUUAUAUAAAGGCAUACUUGAUGGUAUUACGGGCCAAUUUCCCGCAAAUUAUGUGACCCCGUUGGAAGAAUAA